UCCAUACUGUACUUAAAUUUAUACCAAAGCAACACGUUAGCUCAAAGAAAAAGAAAAAUGCCAAUUCCGCUUUUUACUGAAGGCGAAUAUAAAACAAGCUUCAAUCAGGUCCAGCCAUCUUUCGAAAACGAUGAUAAACCACAGAGGCGCCCAAAAAGUAAUGUUAUUCCACAAAUCCAUACGCAUUCCAGAUUUCUCGAAACCAACGCAUCCCAUCCUAUUGCCAUACCCACUCACAACCAGAUUGCCCUGCGCGAGAAGAAGUUUUAUUUCCCCCACUUUAAUGUUAAACGUCAUGCCUUUAAUUGGCACAAGGAAGCGGAAACAGCAUCUUUCUUCCCUGAGAAUAUAAAAAACCAUUGCUUUGUGGAACCACAUCACGACCAUAAACAUUACCAUAAACACGAAUACCACCAUCAGGCAGGCGGUGAAAAAGACAACAAGGUUGGCUGCAAGGACAUUUUUUGCCAAGAACCUGACGAAGAUCUCGAAUUCGUGCUAGAUGACGCCGAAGAGCUCAAUUUCGUUGUUAAGGGCAACGACGGCGUGAUUAUCCACGAGACAACGCUGCAGACGACGAAAGUUCGAUUGCAGAAUAUUUGCUGUCAAAAAGAGGCGCGGAUCGUCCAGGAGGAGCUCGGCAAACUUCCAGGAAUCAAUACCAUACGAGUAAAUGCCCUAGGUCGUGUGGCAUAUAUUUCUCACGAUCCAGACAAAGUCCGACCCAUGGAUCUGGUGGAGUCAUUGAACAAACGUCACCUUGGGGCUUCCAUUAUGGAAGCAGGGGAAGAAAAAGAGAUUAAGCAAGGCUUCCCAAAAGAGUUGAAGAUCCUCCUUGUAAUUCUAGCAGUACAAGCCGUUCUGCUUAGUAUUGCACUUGGAGCCAUGUUUUCUCACAAGGCCUGGUAUAUGUGGGUAGCAAUCGCUCAGAUCUGUUUCGGGAUGUUGCCGGUGUUGAAAAAAUGCUAUCACGCAGUCAGUCGGAUGCACAUCGAUUUGAAUAUCCUCAUUACUGUGGCGGUAAUUGGUAUCCUGGGUAUUCGGCAGUGGAUCGAAGGUGCGGCUGUGGUGUUCAUCUUUAUUCUGGCAAACCUUCUGCAGGAGUAUUGUUUCUAUCGUGUCCACAAUACUAUCUCAAGUCUCAUGCUCGCUCAGCCAUCGAAAGCAGUUAUGGCGUGCACUGGAGAGCUAGUUGCUAUUGAAGAUGUUUCAAUUGGUUCAAUAAUAGCGAUCCGACAAGGUGAACUCAUUCCUCUGGACGGGGUAGUGGUGAAAGGUAGCGCGUCUGUCGACGAAAGCUCGAUCUCCGGCGAAGCUGCGCCGGUGGAAAAAACUUUGAAGUCCCAAGCGUACAGCGGCACGGUAAUCCAACAUGGAUACCUUGAGUUAGAGACAACCUCUUUGGCUACAUCAUCGACGAUUUCAAAAAUAGCUACGCUGGUUGAAGAAGCGCAACUAAAUGUCUCACCGACCGAACAAAUGAUGAAUCAAUUCGCCAGCUAUUAUACUCCACUGGUUGUGCUUCUUGCUGCCAUAGUCUUUCUCGUACCCUUUAUAUUACAUCUUUCCGGCGCAUACGCGGGAAGCAUUGAAACGUGGGGGGAACGAGCGCUCAUAGUGUUGGUCACAGCCUGUCCAUGCGCCCUUCUAAUGGCAACUCCAGUUGUUGUUAUCUGUGGAAUAAGUGGAGGCGCUCGACUCGGGACGCUGAUUAAAGGAGGCACGUUUCUAGAAGCUCUCUCCCAAAUCAAAUUUCUUGCAUUUGAUAAAACGGGAACUCUUACCGAAGGAAAAUUCAAGGUUGUUGACGCUGUCUCUGUAAAUAAAGACGAAGAGCAUGAGGUGAUGCGGUGGGCGGCUGCGCUGGAGAGCAGGUCGAGUCAUCCAUUAGCGGCAGCCGUCGUAACAAAGUUCACAGGAGAGUGCAUCGCCGACUUCGUGAAUGAUGUUGAAGCGAUUCAACUGCCUAAUGUCAGCAAUUUUGGCGCGAUGGAAGGCCAAGGUAUAUCUGGAAUUGUCGAAGGUCACAUGAUAGACAUUGGCAACCAGGCAAUGCUGAAGAAGCUGAAGGUGAAGCUAACUCCUGAGUUAGAAAACCAGUACGACCGGCUGUCCCGUGAGAGCAAAACUGUUGUGUUCGUCUGCGUUGACAGCGAACUCGCGCUCAUGAUGUCAUUGGCCGAUAUCAUACGCGAAGAGUCCCAUACCACUAUCAGAUGGCUACAAGAUCUGGGUGUGCAUCUGGCUAUGUUGACCGGUGACUCAAAGGAGACGGCAAUGGCAGUACAGAAGCAACUCAAAUUAGACUCUUGCAUCUCGGAGAUGAAACCGGAUGAAAAGCUUAAAUGGAUUACGAAUAUUAGGGAGGAAUUCGAACACACUGACAGCAAGAGUCGCCGUUGUGGAGGGCAAAAGAUUCCGGUGGUCGGGAUGGUCGGUGAUGGCGUUAACGAUGGGCCAGCCUUGGCAACAGCCGACGUGGGCAUUGCUAUGGCGGCAGGUGGGUCCGCAUUGGCCGUGGAAGCAGCAGGGGUUGCCAUCAUGACCAACAACGUGUCGAAAGUGCCUGAAAUGAUUUGCUUGAGUCGAUUUUGCCGCCGUCUUAUUAUCGAGAACAUCGUGCUGGCAAUCUUUCUCAAACUUGUUUUCGUUUUGGUAGCGAUAAUGGGUUACGUGCAGCUUUGGAUGGCGGUGGUUGCUGAUCUGGCUGGUCUUCUUCUGGUUAUCCUCAACGGACUGAGACCCUUGACAUGGAAACCUCCGAGAUCAGAUGCAGCGGCGCAGCGUAAUAAACCGGCCAACGAAUAUAAAGGUACUCCGUGAAAAGGACAAAGAGAGCUUGUCAGAUCAAGAAUACAUUGUAGAUGUACGAAUCUGAUUGAAAACUUUCUAGUUAGCUAUUUUUAAUGAGUAACUAUAUAUCCUAUAAGAGUACAGCCAAAACUGAGUUACUUCAAUCCUGAUUUUUUAUUAAUUCCAAAAGACACCUAGCUGCGGCCGGUUGUUCAAAAGCGGCUUAGCUGAUAUAACCCUGGGUUAAAGCGAAUCUUUACAACAAUUUUUUCAGUUGAAUAUCAUAAAAAUUCACUGGACCGACAAAAGCCAUAUUUUGUAAGGUUUUAAAACGAACAGCGGCUCAUCAGAAGCACCAAAACAGUGGAUUAAAAUUUAACCGUGGGUUAGCGCUAUCCCAUGCAACUUUGAACAACUGGCCCCUGAAUUUGUAUGCAUGUGAGUGAAUAUAAAACACUUUUCGGUUUCAUUACGAUUGCGCUGGUUUACUGUAAAUAUAUGCGUGUUAACUUGCUUUACAUUAUCAUUUAGAAUAUGCAUGACAAUGAUUGAGCUUCAAAGAUUAUUCCAGAUAAUUGAUAUUUAUAGGUAGUGUAGCUAUAGCUCAAGCGCGAGGACAUUGCGUGAGUAUAUAUAUAUAUAUUUACCAUUACUCAUUAGAUUAAUGUAACUGCACAAUAAUAUCGCGGGAAAACGUCGCGCAUGUGCCACCCCCCCCCCCCUGCUUGCAUGCAUUGGAAAAAUGUUCGACUUCCGAAGUUUUGGAAUAGCAAUAAAAGGGUGACUUAAUUGUGCACAACACACAUGCAUGCGUCACUUUGUAGCCAUAUUUACGCUACAGAAAGUCGAACCUAACAUGAGUUAUAACAAAUUAAUCGGUUAACAAAUUUACCGUCUGAAACAUUUAACCUCGUACCCAGGGACUUUCGCAAGAUGCACAGUCGUUGGGAAGACUGCGACGCGGAGUUUGUGAAACAUUUUUUUCAUUGAUUUGAGCAAAACAUCGAUAGUUUUCGGACUUUUAUUCUAAAAUAUAACGCAUUAGCCAUUACGCACAUGUCCUAAAAGAAGUAUGUCGCUGAAUAUAAAAAUUCCGUUCGUGUCCGAUUAUUGAACUUUGGCAUGUAAACCUGUAACAUAUAAUGCAGUAUAAGUGGAAAAAAAACAAAUAACCUUUUGGUUUGAAGUUUUGUUCUGAGCAAAUUUACAAAACAUUUUUAUCUCAUUCCACAGUCAAACACCGGAACGUUUUCAAUGAAUGCUUAAGUUCACUCUUUUUAUAUAAUAUAUUGCUUAACUCUGAUCAAUUAAUUCUCACGUUUUGUAUGAAGAUUUGACACUUAACUUUCCCACCAUAUUUUAACAAUUUGGAGCGUGCGCCGAUGUCUUCUCUGCGGUAGUCUCUACCUCCAUUUAUUAUUUCUAUGUAACCAUUAUACUGUAACCAUUAUAUUUUUUACGCAUUGUACUUUGAAUUUUUUUUAUGCAUAAGGCCUUACGCUAUAAGCCAAAAUCAUGUUCGAAUGGUUUUUGAGAAGCCAUCUGUCAAGUCGAUUCGCAAAUAUAAGUGAAAAAAUAUAUCUAGUAUUUUUUUAGUAUAUUAGUGGUCGUU